GGAGGCACGACUGGCGCUACCCUUGGCCCUUGGAGUAGCCGGCAUCCCUGCACUGGUCCUGACCUCGCCUACUGGCAGCGUGCUGACUGUCAAUGGAAGGACGCAUCUGGCUGCUGAUCCUUUAGGACUGAACUUCCCGUGGGCGGCGCGGCCGGUGUCGGUGCUGACGGAGCAGGCGCUGCUGAAGAUGGCUCGACACGCCGCGCUCGUGCUGUUCGUUGACGACGAGGACUCCGAGAUCGAAUUCGCCGAGUCAGUGCUCACACCAUCCGCCGAAUCGUACUACGAGGAGUGCAGCAUCCAGUACCCAGGCUUCUGCCCCUACCAGAACUCUUCCGACGACGAAACCAUGGACUUCGACUACCCCACCUCCAAACAUUCCCGCGUCAAAAAGAAAUCUUUCAAGCACGUCAUGUUCUACAUUGGGAUAGACGGGACAGACAGCGCUGACAUGCUAAGAGAGCACAUCGGUCUAGAUGACGCUGUCCCGCUCUUAACUGCCAUAGACUUCCCCAAGCAGAGGAUGGUGACCAUGAACUAUGGAGACGAGAUUACCACGGAUUCUGUGCAGAACUUCGUCGAUGCGUACCUUAGUGGUAACGCGGACUUCAAGCCUUUGAAGCCGUAUAGUGAAAAAUGUUAGAGGACUGAUGAUUGUUUGUAGCGAGUACGUUUUUCCUAAUAAAUUUGGAUCAUUUUGUAUGAUUAAGUAAUUUGGUUUUGAAUUAAGAUACGAUGUAUUGAUUGUAUUUCUGAAAUGAAAUUACAGUUGUUUACGUUGAUUAAGGGCCAUUCUUAAAUUUGUGCCAAUUUUUUUUAAAAAAUUAAAGAUUUUUUUUUUAAACUUUUUGCGAUGUGUAUCGAAAGUAUAAACCAAAAGCAUACUUUUGAUGUAUAUGGACAACCUUAAAGCCCUCGGAAAGGAUACAAAAUAGCCUACGUAAACACGGCUGUGACACUGCAUGACACGGAUGUGACAGUUUUACAUUUUUACUGUAAAUAAUAAUAUUUAUGUUGUUAAAUUUAGAUCAUAAUAGUUUAAAUUGAUUAACAAUAAAAUACACUAAAUUCGUUUCAUCAACAAAGGUGUUAUUUGGUAAUAUGUACUUUUUUCUGAACAUCCAAAAAUUUAAUUAAAAUGGAGAUCAAAAAUACCGUCAGGUAGUUAAUAAUCUACUAGAUAAUAAAAAAAAUAGACUUUUUAUUAUUGGCACUAUCUGAUCAUGCUUCCGAUAUGCUACCUACAUGGUUUCGAUAUGAUAAUAUGCUUAACAAAUUAGUAAAUCUUAAACACAGUAGGUACCUAAUUGAGUAUCAAAUGAGAUUUCUGUAGGAUUCACAUAACAGUUGGUUUUGACAACUUAAACAUGUUUCAUAGUCACCGUACCACUAAAAAUAUGGUUAAUAGCAAUUCCUUUUAAAACAACUCCGACCACCUCUGCAGGGCCUUUACCGGGAGCUGUCUCAGUAAAAUUUGAUAUUACUGCAGAAAUGAUAAAGUGCAAUAAUUUUUCCUUCGUGGCAUCUAGAAAAUCAUACUAGCGAAAAAUAAGUACACUUACUAAAAGGCUACUCCUAAAAAUUGCACAAUACACAAAAUAAUUUAGCAGAACAACAAAAACUAUUAAAAUAAUAAAAAUAGAAUGUCACAACCACGCGUUGUAAUGUCACGACCAUGUACUUAAAUAGUUUGCGGUAGUGACACAUUUUUAAUACCAUGGCCGUGACAAUUUGGAACGUGUCCGAUAUAUCCAAAAAACUAUCUGUGAAUUAGCAGAUCUUGUGCAAUUAUCUGAAACUAUACUGCAUGAGGUACAUAAUUAUGUUUUAUACAAUAGCGUGACAUUGAUACCUACCUUUAAUAACCGUACACGGGAUGGACGUGUUAUGGUUGUCCCUUUUUUCAAAUAAAUAGGAAAUAAUUUUUUGCGGCUCACUCACUACGUUCAGCCAUUUGCAAAUCUAAUAAGAUGACAAUGUUACUGUUCUAAAAAAACUUAGCAAGGGAUGUCAAUAUCAAAGAUAGUUUUUUACCGAGUUACGCAUAUUUAAAGUGGCGCACGUGGUUGUGACACAAAAACUGCUCACACAAUGUUUGGUGUUCAAAAUCAAAAAUGGUAAUUAUUAUUGAUUAAAUUUUUAACAGUCUUAUAUAACAUGUAUUAAUCUUGCAUAAUUACUGUAAUAUUUAUCAAAAUAACAUAACAUCUCUUCAGAAAAAAAUAUUGUAUGUCCAAAUCCGGGAAUCUCACACUACACGGUCCGUGACAUUUUGGACUUGUAACUUUUUUAAAAUAUUCUUCUAAUAGUUUUAUGAUAAAAAUGAUAUUGGGCCUAGUUAAUAGAGGUAUUUUACUAAGUAAAUUAAUAUACAGUGCACUGAUUUUCUUUAAAAACAUAUGCUAUUCUUACAUCUCACACAAAAAUGCGUAAGAAUAAGAAUGGCCCUUAAACUCGCUACGAAACGAAAUAAAAUAUGUUUAAAUCAGACUUUUAUAAAAUAGUUUCAUUCAUUGUUAGUAGAGAGUAGAGAAUAGCGUAAUUUUUUGUAUUACAGACCAAAUACAUUUUAGAUUUGA